AUGGCGCCUGAAGAUACAUAUUUCGAUGAUGAGGAGGACUGCUGUCCUCUUUGCAUCGAAGAGUUUGAUCUUUCGGACCGAAACUUCCGACCCUGCCCUUGCGGGUAUCAGAUAUGUCAAUUCUGCUUCAACAACAUUCGUUCGAACAUGAACGGGCUUUGCCCAGCGUGCCGCCGCCCAUACGACGAAAAGACCAUCCAGUGGAAAGUCGUCACGCCGGAAGAGGUGGCCGAAUUUCGAGCGAAUAUUCAAAAAAACCAGAAAAAGCGUGCCGCCGAACAACGACAGAAGGAGGCACAGAAACGUGAAGCCGAGAAGGAGAACCGAAAGAAUCUAGUGGGCGUCCGGGUCGUCCAGAAGAAUUUGGUUUAUGUGACCGGGUUGACCCCGACAGUCCGCGAAGAUGAAUUGCUCAAGACGCUCCGAAAACCCGAAUUUUUUGGUCAAUACGGCAACAUCCUGAAGAUUUCGAUCAGCAGUCGUAAGGGCACGGACGGCCACAACCAGUCUCUCGGCGUUUAUGUGACGUUUGAGAAGAAGGAGGACGCCAGCCGGUGCAUCCAGGCAGUUAAUGGCUCCCAAAACGGCGAUAGGGUUCUGAGGGCUCAGCUAGGGACGACUAAGUACUGCUCGGCCUGGCUGAGGCACGAGCAGUGCGCGAAUCGGCAAUGCAUGUUCCUCCACGAGUUAGGAGAUGAGGAGGAUAGCUACAGCCGGCAGGAUCUGUCGUCGAUGAACAGCAUUAACUCGCAACGACCUAUUCAAAACGCCGGCUCCUCCCGCUCCGCCUCGAGACAACAUGCUCAUCCUUCGCCAUCCCCCGCCGUUGCGCAACCUAUGGCGAGAAGCUCUAGCAAGGACGGCUCCGACAAUGGCGAUGCGCCGGCGCUGCCGGCCUCGGCGAACUGGGCCCGCAAUCCGCAGGUCCGCAGCCGACGGGGCAGUCACGCCACCAGUGCUGCGGCCCCUAGCCCAGCUAUCUCCAACUCGUUGCCGGCAACUGCUGAAUCGGCCGUGGAAGAUGAGCCAAGUGAACCCUCUCCCGUUGCCGGUCCCUCUCGGGUCACCCCAAGCGCAACUUUGAAGAAGAUCAACACUAUGGUGCCCACCGAUAAGACCAAACGGAUCCCGCACGACACUCUCAAGUCGCUGCUAAAGUCCCUCGAGGGUUGCACGCUUGCAUGGCCCAAAAUCGGUGGGGAUAUAUCGGACGAGGAAUUCAAUAACCUUUACCCGCCGCUUUUCGACCCCCGUGGUGGGAUCCGCCGCCGGGCUAUGCGCCCAUCUGAAGAUGCUAGCAGUGUCGACGAUCGGCAAUCGAGCGCCGCCCGGGAGCCGUCAGAAGGCGAACCUGAGAGCAGUGGCAGUCUGGCUUUGGGCGGCGAGCCCGAAGACCGCGAGCAUGGUCGCGAGGGUCCCAGCUUCGACCCCCGCCGAACCGCACAGCCGCCCAUUCAAAGAGGCAGCACGGACGGGCCCUUUGGCCAAACCGUCGGCUCUAGCUUCACGCAGACAAACGCGAAUCUUGGUUCAAUUGGCGGCAGCCGCACCAUGACGCCCCAACAACCCGCGUUCAUACGCCAGCCGAGCAACUUUGUUGACCACCUCUCUGCGCAGCCUAACUUGUUCCAGGGUCAGGGCCACAACCGCCAGGGCUCGCGGUUCAGCUUUGCCAACGAAGGGAGAGAAGCCGCCUCGGCUACGUCCGUGAAGCUGACGGCCAACCCCCGGAUCAUGGCGCAGCAGUCGUCAAUGAUGCCAUCGUCAUUCCACAACCAGCCCGGUGGCCAGUUUUACUCUAGUUCGGUGGCUGGGCCCCCGCCGGGCCUCAAGUCGACGGGCACACCGCCGGGCGUAUUUGGGCAGCACGGAUUUGGGUCGGCCGCCUUUGGGGGCGCUCCGAAGGACACCAACGAGAUGCUGCAACUUUUCCGCAACCGGGGCGCGGGCAGCCAGGCGCAUGAUGCCGGAAAGCGUGAGUACAUGUUCUCUUCCUUUCUUAGCCAGUACCCACCCUCCACCUCAUCCACCCCGGCUCCUGCCUCGAGCCACCUGGCAUCGCUCUACGGUUCGCAGCCUGGAGCCUUCCAUGAUUUGGGUUCAAAGCAGAAGAAGAAGGGGAAGAAGCACAGACACGCUAACACUUCCUCCUCUGGGGGGAGUGGCCUAGUUGAUCUUGCGGACCCGAGUAUCCUGCAGGCGAGGAUGCAGUCCCAGCAGCAUCUGCAGCAACAGAGCAAUGCCGGUCUCGGACAGGGACUGUUCGGUGGCCAGUCGCAAGACGACGAACUCCCCUCCCUCGAUGAGGUGACGUCGAGCAUAGAUGCUCUUGUCGCCGACGAGCCCAUUGACGCUAGUAUUCGGCAACCCCCUGGCGCAUUUGAGUCUCUUGGACGUGUCGGGACUCCGUCCGUGCCCCCUGGGUUCUCGUUCCCGAGCGCACAGCCAUCCCCGGCUAUCUCAUAUUCGUCUUUGCCACCCAUUAGCGCAGGGCGGCAGACGCCACCGGUUGCUUUCCCCAAGGUUCCGUCAAAACCGCCCGUCGCCGCGUCCAGCCCGCUUACCAAGAAGGCGAUCACGCCGGUGCCCGAAUCUAAGAAAGCCGUCAAAGCCCUUGCCGCCGAGAGCGGGUUAUCAAAGGACAUUGCUAAAGUCAAGUCAAAGGUUCUGCAGGAUGAAGACUUUCCAGCCCUCAACUCGCCGAAGCCCCGGUCCGCAACGCCGGUUGCCCAGCCCAAGGCCACGCCCAGCAAAACAACUGGCAAAAAGUCUCCUGAGAAUCCUGCCGAGAAGGCAAAGGGGAAGGACAAAGGGAAGGAAAUAGAGAAGGCCGCACCUGCGGUCACGCUUGCCCUAACGCCUAAGAGCGAGACACCCAAACCGGAGGUAAAGGCUCGGGAGACAGUUUCGGAUAAAACCUCCGAAAUGGCACGUGGGAAGGGAACGGACAAGCGCCCCACCCCUGGUGUACUCAACAUUGCUGCGGCAACUAAGGUGUCUCAGAUCAAGAAUCUGGAAGCGCCGUCGGCGACGGACAAGUCGGCGACGGAUCGAGAUUCUGCCUUCCCGGCCCUUCCGACUCCGACGCCGGCCUCUGUCGCAUCUCCCCUCGCCCGUUCAGCUCCAAAGACCCUCAGGGUAGUCUCCACGCCAAAGACAGAAGUGCCAUCGACUCCAAUCUUGGCGGCACCUGGCGUACGGGCGGGUAUGCGCCCCGAGACACCAGCGAGUGAGUUAAUAUCGGACACUGCCUCCAUUAUGUCGGCUUCUAUCUCGGCUUCACGCACGAACUCCCCCCCGCCGUCCAAAAUUGGUUCCGCCCCGGUAAGAACGACGACAAAGAGCCAACAGCGGAAACAACGCAAGGAGGCCUUGAAGAAAGAGUCGGCUACUAUCGCGGCCCAGCCUGCUAAAGUAGAGACGGCCGUUGAGAUCGCCCCCAUCCUUGGCCGCAAGAAAAAACAGAAGAAGGAAAAGGAGAAGUCGAGUAGCAAAGCGGCAACUCCUGCGGCGAGCCGUCCGGAGACUCCGCUAGCCACAAUCCCGCCGCCGAUCAGGGAGACUAAGGAAGCCGUUGAGGCUAAAGAGAGCAAAGAGUUGAAGGAAGAGUCGUCGGCUUACCGGUCCACGGCAAACGAGACCACCACCUUGACUGACGAGCUGCCACUGCAUAAAGGCCGGUACGGCGAUCCGAAGGGAAAGGCCGGGGAGAAGGUCGACAAGAGCUCCGAGUUAUCCACUCCCCGGACUCUACCCACCCCAGCCUCGGUACUACACGACCUACAAACGGCCGGCCUGGUGCCAGAUGGCGUCGAGAGCCUAGCCUUCUUCAAAUCAGUCAGCGUCCAGCUGGACAGGUCGCGGAAUGAUGCCACUAGCGCGGGCAUUCGAGAUCAGGCAGCUAAGAACUCCAUGACCCCGACCAAGUCGAUCGUCACCGAGGACGACCAGGCCUCGCUCCUAGCCGGCAAGCCCGUCCGCAAGGUCAUGGACGGAACGCGCAUUCUCCUGACGCCCAACGGCGACUGUAUCCGCAAUCUUACACCCGAUGAAGAAGAUCGCUUCCUCGACCUCCAACGGCUCGUAGCUGAAUCGACCGCCAGCCCCGCCGCCUUUGUCUCCUCCCGUCACGAGGCUGGCGGCGGUUUCAGUCUGAUCAAAGGCCGCGCAGUCCCCAACGGGCCUCCUAGUUAUUUUCCCCAGGCCCCCGCUGCCUACCUCUCCGAUCCGGUGAACAAGAUCCAGCGCGAGGAGGCCAUCUACUACAUCAAUCAAUACAACCAGACCCAGAGUUUAAGUGAGCCGUGGCUAUACGGCCGCAUCGGAGGUGCCGUGUCCUCUUCCCAGCAGCCACCACUCUCUCACGACGACAUUCUUGAUGUCGGUGUGGCCCCACCCGAGCUGAGCUACCCGGGCCCUGUGGGCGCUUUUGCCGACGAGCUGCACCACCACGCCGAUCCGCACGGCGCAUACCUCGACAUCAACUCCCAACUCCCUACCGUCGAGGAAGUCUUCAGCGCCGCCUCCGGCACAGCCGCCGCUUCCUCCUCUUCUCCCCGACACCAUCACCACUCGCACCAUCAUCACCACCAUCAUCAUCACCACCACCACCCUCAACAACAAACUUCCUCACAACAAACCCAACAAUACCAACAACCACCACCCCCGCACCAAACCCAAUUUCAAAUCCCCUCCGCCGCGGCCGCCACCUCUGCCAUCGCCGCUGCCGCAGCCGGCGUCGGGCCGGGCAUCGGCGCGGGAGGCGGCGCCAUCAACUUCACGUCCCCAGGGCCCUUCGGCAACGUGCCACUCAUGUCUCUCGAAGACGCCGAGCAAGCGCUGACAACAGCCCGCCGCGAGACGGAAAAACUCGAGAAGAACCUCGCGCAGCUGAUGCCCUGGGCCGCCGAUGGCCUGCAUGAUGUCGCGGUCGAUGAUGUAACGGCCGCCGUGGUUGCGGGGUUGGGACGGAAUCAGUACCGGCGUCAGCGUCAGCGGAAUCAGCUUCGUGGACGACAUCGACAUCUUGAUCAGCACCAGCAUCAUCAUGGUCUAGGUUAUGGGGUGGAGAGUGGGCUGGGGCUGGGGGUCAUGAGAGACCCUACGAGUGCUGCUGCUGUGCGGCGGCGGGAUGCUGUGGCGGCGGUUGCGGUGGCGGUUGCGCUUGCGAGGGUGCUGAGGGGGUUGAGCAGCUUGGGCGAGGCCGCGUUCGCGGCGGUGUGGAUGGCUGUGUUGCUGCUGGAGAGUGUGGUCGCGAUGGCGGCGAGGGGAGCGGUCGUGGCGGUUGAGGUGGAUGGUGUGAGGGUAUUCUUUUGGUGUACGAAUAUGCAUGUGGGCUACAUGGCUAGGGGCAUCUCUUUUCAAGAGCAUCGCAGGAUCAGCAUCAGGAGGGUGGCAGGCAUUAUGUUCAGAGGCUCCGCCGCACCGCGCACUCCGUCCUCGCCGAAGCCCCCACGACCAAACCAAGAAUCCCAAGCUGCACCGCGCCAGGAAACGGAGAGCAGCGAGGAGAUCACCGGCAAGAAUGGCGAAACCAACGCAUGGAAAAGAAUACAACUGAGAGGCAGCCUCUUGUGUCCUUUUCGGCUCAUAUUUGACAAGGUCUUUCUUGAAGCACACCUCAAGAAUGCAUUCCGCGAGGAUGCAGCCAACAUCGCCGAGCCGGCGGAGGCGAGCAACAAAUACGAGUCGUUCCUCGGCAAGAGAGAUGAGGUUAGGAUGGACAAAAUACUUGGGACGGACAACAAUGGUCUUGUGAGUCCCAUGGGUGCCAUGAGCACCACGCCACGACCCGGCGUGAUGCCCAAGACAAACCAUGGAAACAAGCUCCACCCAUCCCAUAUCGAAGAGGCCAGUGGCAUAGCCGGUGCCGAUGAACGGCAGCUUUACGUGAUAAAGAUGAGCUCUCUUGAGUCUCAUGUUGGUGUCUUCAACUGCUCUCAACAACCUGUUGUUGAACCCGUCCUUGUUGGGAACUGGCACAAAUCCCAGGGCGCCGGGGCCGCCUUAUCUCAGGUGUUUGACGACAUUGAGCGCGUCUCGGCGACUUUGCGCAGGCUUGCGGGUGGCCAUGAGCCUCGCCGCGGUCAGAUUGAGGCCGUGGAGAGCCUCGCCAUCUAUCAAGAAGACACCAUUCUCGUUGCUGCUACCGGCUACGGUAAAAGUGCUGUAUUAUUCGCAUUCUCUGCACUCAAGCCCAACAAGAUCACGGUGCAGAUCGUCCCGUUGGUGACGUUGGGACAGAGCCAGAGAGAAGACAUCGCUACAAAGUUACCGGAGUCGAGGCCCAUUUGGAUUGACGCGGACACUCAUUUAAAGAACAAGCAUGUCUGGAAGGAAGUCAAAGACGGGAAAUACACCCAUGUACUCUUGAGUCCGGAGCAAGCGCUGAAUCCAAAGUUUAAAGCCAUAUUGAGAGAUCCGGCAUUCCAUACGAAGAUCGGCCUCUUUGCCAUCGACGAACUACACUGUGUUGGCGAAUGGCGGCAUUUCAGAGAGGAUUACACGUAUCUCUAUACGUUGCGAUCUCUUUUGCCGGCCUCGGUGCCAUGGUUCGGAUGCACAGCGACAUUGGACAGAGACAAUCAGGGCUAUAUCCUCAAGCACGCCGGCUUCAACUCUUACCCCAAGAUCAUUCGCACGUCCAUCGACAGACCAGAGAUUUCCAUUGUCGUCCAACCGCUCUUACGGGGCUCGAUACGCGACUAUCGCCGGCUCCAGUUCCUGUUGGAAGGCUCCAGUGCUGUCAAUGUACGGGAGGUCCCAAUGACUAUCAUCUACUUGGACAACAAGACAGCUUGUCUACGCGCGAGAUACGCCCUAUUACAAUACCUCCGUCGUACUUGUGGAUUCGAGAAGGGGUUCGCCCGCAAGGUGGUUCGACGGUUUGAUGCAGACGUUCGACCUACCGACAAGGAGAUCAUCUUCAAGGACUUCGCCAACGUCGACACUGACUGCCGUAUCAUCGUGGCGACGGUUUCUCUGGGCAUGGUUAUGGAUAUUCCUGACGUCAAGCGAGUUAUACAGUUCGGCAUCCCCCCCAGUACCACCAUCGCAGACAUCUGGCAGCGCAUUAGAAGAGCGGUGCGCAAGCAACAUGUUGAUGGCCGUGUCCAGGGCACCGCAUAUCUUUUCAUUCCAUAUUGGGCCUUUGACCAUCUUGGGAGCGUUGAGAAGCAGAAGCCAGCUACAAGGAAGAGGCCUCAGCCAAAAAGGUCUCAACGCCAACCACAUGCCCCUACUGUUAGCAGUCGUCUGCAGCUCAUGACUUUGAUCGACGAAGACAGCGACGACGCAAGGAGCCAAGUCAGUGUCGCUACUCAAGCAAGCCACGACACGGCUGUAUCAGAGUCUCGAACACAAGCUGUCCCUGAAGCGCUUACUCUCGAAGCCGCCGUCGACUCCCAGUGUUUAUUUGACUUCAAGACCAAAGUUAAAUGGACAAAGCAGGACGUAUCUCAACGUGAGAAGCUUGAUCCUGUUUUUAUGGCGUUUUUGAACGCCUCUUGCUUUCGCAAAUAUGCGCUGCAGUAUCUCCAGGAGGAUUUCGACAACUCCGACCUGGAAUAUCGCCGCCCUCUUGGGCAGGGCCUCUGCUGUAACGCAUGCAACCACGAGCUGGGAAAAGUCUCCGCCCUGCCACCACGCGAGAAGCGGGGGAAUAAACCGUCUACCGGUUCCCUCGCCGGCCACGCGCUUGGCCAUAUAUCAUCAUGGUGCGCCCAGAACGCCCAGAAGUUGGUACCGCAGAGAUAUCGCCGCUUUGAUAUUACCCCGGAGAUGUUUAUGGAUAUUAAGCUGCAGUAUGCGGUAGCCCGUUUGUUUUCUGCUGUACGGGGGCCCACUAAAGAGCUUCCCUUCCAAGACCUCCAUGGCCUGACGCAGAAGCACCCGGCUCUAAGAGAGUGGGAGCAUUUUGAAGCAAAGGGGGCCGAGUUGGCGACGUUCUGUAUCACAUCGUUGGCGAAAGUCAAGGAAGAGUGGGAGGUUAGAAAGGCGCAGAGAGCUCGGGAGAAGGAUGCCAGAGCGCGGGAGGCGCAAGCCAGCGGCGUUUUAGCUGCUGAUGCGAGCAGGAAGCGCGCAGUAGAGGGUGGAGAGCAGUCUCCUUCAAGUAGAAGAGCUAUUAUAUUGUGA